AUGGCGCGAUUUCCUUUCUCGACACCAUGGACGGCGGCGUUUAUUUCCUCUCUUGCAAUCAUCAAUACAAUAAUACCCUCAGCGCGAGCCGCCGAACUAGAGACCAUACAAGGGCUCAACACGAAGGGCGAGCAGCACACACUUCUGGUGGAUCGCUACCCAGCUUUAUAUACUGGCGACUUUGGUGAUUGCAUGGGAGGGCAGAGCUUGAUCAAUCUCACAUCUUUCGAUGCUGCUUAUUAUGCUGAUAAUAUGACCGUUCUGUUCAAUCUGGCUGGAACCACUAAUUUGAGGAAUGAGUCGUUAAUGUUGCAUAUUUCUGUUGAAGCCUAUGGAGAAGAUCGAUUCAACCUGUUGUGGAACCCGUGUAAUGCAAACUUUGCCAGUCUCUGCCCAUUGAACAGCAGUGUUCCUAUCGUCGGCCGCGCAAGUAUCCCAGUAUCCGGAUCCGAUGUUUCCAAUAUUCCUAGCAUCGCAUUGGCAAUUCCCGAUUUCGAGGGGUCAGCAGUACUCCGGGUGUUUUCCAAUGCUACAGAAACACAGAUCGCCUGUUUCAAGGCCGUGAUGAGGAAUGGUGCUAGCUUCUCCCAUCCAACCGCUGUUGGAUCGGUCCUGGGGAUUUUCACCGUCGUGGCCGUCGUGGCCUCAUUUGCAACCGCUAUCUAUGGCGUCAGCGUGCCUGAAAUCCGGACUCAUUAUUCCCACUCGCUUUCCGUCCUUGUCAUCUUCGAAGUGUUCCAAUCCAUAUUCUUCUCUGGUGCAUUGUCGCUCAAUUGGCCCAGCGCCCUUACCGCAUUCUGGAGCAAUUUUGCCUGGUCCGCCGGCCAAAUUUAUACCGAUUCUAUUACUAAUACGCUCAAUUCCUUCACAGGAGUUACUGGGAAUGGAAGUCAAGUGGGUGGAGCUGGAUCGACGCCUCUGAAUACCAACGGCGGCCUUCAGCAACAGAUUUAUGGCCGUUCAUUAGAUUAUCUUCCAGGGUUGCUACUUGAUAGAAGAAGUGAGGAGAUAGCAAGCAAGCUCUACAAGAGGGCUGCCAGCAACGAGACUCACGAUGCUCGUAUGUAUGCUUGGGCUGGUCUCCCUGUUUCUCCGGGGCUUCCAGUUCCAGGAAAUUGGUCUGGAUUUGCCGGGGAACUCGCUAUGAUGGGCAUUCCAGCUGCGAAUGCUUUUAUGACAGGUCUCAUAUGGUUGUUGAUCCUUAUUGUCAUCCUUGUUGGGGCCACGGCAGCCUUAAAGUGGACACUUGAGGCUUUCAGUGCCAUAAAAUGGAUCAAGAAUGAUCGACUGGCGUUGUUCCGGAGCCAUUGGCUUAAUUUCAUUGGCCUUAUUGUUCUCCGGACCAUGUUCAUCGCUUUCUUCAUGAUGACAACCUUGUCACUUUACCAGUUCUCCUAUGGAGGGAAAGCCGGCCCCAUCGCGAUCGCCGUAGUCGUCUUCGUGGCAUUCUUCGCCGGUAUUCUCGGCGUUGCUUUCUACGCGUGCUUCUAUAGAGUCAAGUUUGGCAGCUACGAAUCCUCGCCAGACCGGAUUCACUUCCAACAAAAGAAGAUUUUGGGUUUCAUUCCAUGGUACACAACUGUCCGAGAAAGCAAAAUGGAGGAAUCCGACAAGCCAAAGUCCGGAGCAUCUAUUUCGUUCUUCAAAUUAGACUUUGUCGGUAACGAUCCCGAAAACCAAGGCAUUCAUGAUAAUAUCGAUUACACCAAGCACUUCGGAUGGCUGUCGGCUCGAUACCGUCGCACCAGAUGGUGGUUCUUUGCAUUCUGGGUCGUUUAUCAGUUUGUCCGCGCUUGCUUCAUUGGCGGUGCCCGUGCUUCGCCAAGUGCUCAAGUCUUCGGAAUAUUUGUGUGGGAAAUCAUUGCAUUUGGUGCAAUAAUCAAGAUUAAUCCCUUUGAAGGUGCUCGAAACACAGCUCUAGCGGUGUACAUGCUCGGCAUCAGCAAGGUGGCUACUGCCGGAUUUUCAAUUGCCUUCCUCCCGACCCUUAACGUCGCUCGAAUUCUGGCUACAGUCUUCGGCAUCAUAAUUAUUGUCAUUCAAGGUUUCCUCGUGAUCGGCGUCCUUAUCCUGAUUGCCCUUGGUGCUAUUUCCAGUUACAUGUCGCUCACCCGCAACCGAGAAGAAUUUAAACCGCACAGGCUAGAGAAUAUUCGCUUGAAGUACUUUGGACAUAUAGCUCAGAAAGCUACUGACCUCCCACCGCCGCCGGCGCCUCCAGCCCCCGAAGAACCAGAACAGCCGAAGGGGCCGUACUUCAAUGUCAAUUCUGUCCGCCGGGCUCCUAAGAUUGAGGACGAAGACGACGACUUAGUUCCAGGCAUGGAACGCCCGCAUGAUCCAAGAGACUCUCAGUUCUCGCUUCCCCCCCGCGUUAGAGCCAACAGUGUGGCGAACAGUAUGCGCAGCGUCCACUCAGGGUUUGGAAAUGUACCUUAUGGAGCUCGUGUCCACAGGGCCAGUUGGAGUUCAAAGGAAUUCCAAAGCUGGCAACAAGACGAGCUUAAUAGGGCAGAUUCGCCGCUCGGCGUAGGAUCAAGGCACACAAGUGGACACAACACUACAAAUAACUCGAUAUCUAUAGCGCCUCUAGUCCGGUCGUCCCCUUCGCAUAGCAAUUUGCGGCCCACCACGCCGACAGAAGAGCAACUAAAACAGACCGCGGAUCAACGAUUACCUCGAGCCAAAUAG